AUGGAAAGCAAGAUGGAGAUCGAUUCAGGGCGGUCUCCUGAACCCCACGGCCUCUCGCUCAUCACCGACCCGGAGUCAAUACCGACCCUAGACGGCUGGAUCGAGAGCCUCAUGAGCUGCAAACAGCUUGCGGAGAUCGAUGUUCAGAGAUUAUGCGAUCGGGCCAGAGAGGUUCUGCAAGAAGAGUCAAAUGUCCAGCCAGUGAAAUGUCCAGUAACGGUCUGUGGAGACAUCCAUGGCCAAUUCCACGACUUGAUGGAGCUGUUCAGGAUUGGUGGCCCCAAUCCAGAUACAAACUACCUCUUCAUGGGCGACUAUGUCGACCGUGGUUACUAUUCCGUCGAGACAGUCACUCUGCUUGUCGCUCUUAAGAUCCGUUAUCCCGGCCGCAUCACCAUCUUAAGAGGGAACCACGAAUCACGUCAGAUAACGCAGGUCUACGGCUUCUACGACGAGUGCCUGCGGAAAUACGGCAAUGCAAAUGUUUGGAAAUAUUUCACUGACCUCUUCGAUUUCCUCCCUCUCACCGCUCUCAUCGACAACCAGAUCUUCUGUCUUCACGGAGGUCUCAGCCCUUCAAUCGAUACAUUGGACAACAUCAGAUCUCUCGAUCGUAUGCAAGAGGUGCCGCAUGAAGGUCCCAUGUGUGAUCUGCUCUGGAGUGACCCAGACGACAGGUGCGGCUGGGGAAUCUCUCCUCGUGGGGCUGGAUAUACUUUUGGUCAGGAUAUCUCAGAGGCAUUCAACCAUAACAAUGGCUUGACCCUCGUCGCGAGAGCACAUCAAUUGGUGAUGGAAGGUUAUAAUUGGUCUCAGGACCGAAAUGUAGUAACUAUAUUUUCUGCUCCAAAUUACUGUUAUAGGUGCGGAAACCAAGCAGCAAUUAUGGAGAUAGAUGAGAAUCUCAAAUAUACUUUCCUUCAAUUCGAUCCUUGUCCCCGUGCAGGAGAACCAAUGGUGUCUCGUCGCACGCCGGACUACUUCCUGUAG